AUGCCUGUGAAGUGGAUACCUGUGCUGUUCCUGCUGCAGAUGCUGCUGCUAUUCAGAUCCGGCAACUGUGGGAAGGUGUUGGUGUGGCCAAUGGAAUACAGUCACUGGAUGAAUUUAAAGAUAAUCCUGGAUGGACUCGCACAAAGGGGUCAUGAAGUGACAGUUCUGAGACCUUCAUCUUCUAUCUUUCUUGAUCCCAAAAAAGCAUCUGGUCUCAUAUAUGAAACAUUUCCUACAGCUUCCAAUAAGGAGGAAACAGAAAAGUUUUUUACAAAAUGGGUCAAUGUGUGGGUAUAUGAUGUACCAAAAGAUAGGUAUUGGAGAUAUUACCCAUCAUUGAAAAGAAAGUUUCGGCAAUAUUCUAAUAUGUAGUUAAAGCUUUGUAGAGAAGUAGUUACAAACAAACAAUUUAUGGCAAAACUAAAAGAAUCCAAGUUUGAUGUUGUUCUUUCUGAGGCUAUUGGUCCCUGUGGUGAACUGAUAGCUGAGUUACUCCAAAUACCCUUUGUGUACAGUCUUCCCUUUGGUAAUGGCUACACAAUAGAAAAGUACAGUGCAGGACUUCUAUUCCCUCCCUCCUAUGUACCUAUUGUUUUGUUGGGAUUGAGUGGUCAAAUGACAUUCAUUGAGCAGGUAGAAAAUAUAAUAUGUUUACUUUAGUUUGACUUUUUAUACAAGUCAUUUCCUGCUAAGGAUUGGGAUCCAAUUUUCAGUGAAAUUUUAGGGGCACGGACACUGAAAGAAACAAUUAAUAAAUGGGACCUCUUCAAACUUAGACAUAACUUCCAGGAGGCAGUCAGCAUUCUGAUGCCACAUUGUAAACGACAACAGAAACUCAGAGACACUGUUCUCCCGAAGCCACACAACCAGUAUAAAAAGAUUGUGAUGUGGUUAUCAACCAUUCACCAUGACCAGCCCAUGAAACCCCUAGACAGAGCCACAUUCUGGAUUGAGUUUGUCAUGUGCCACAAAGGGGCUAAGCACCUGAAACCACUUUCCUAUAACCUCACCUGGUACCAGUACCACUCUCUGAAUGUGAUUGGAUUCCUACUGGCCUGUGUGGCAGCCAUAACUUUCUUCACUAUAAAAUGCUGCUUGUUUGUUUACCGAUUCUUUGCAAAAAAGGUAAAGAAUAAAAGAGAAUAG